GUGCCGGGAGGCAGAUAAAUCCCUCUGUGGAUAGUUUGAGCACUCUUUUUUUUUGGAUCAUCUGCGGAGAGGAGAGUGCCGACUUUUACGCACCGAGCGUCUGUGGAUGUAAGCAGCGGAGCCGAGACAUAAACGGAAAGUUUCAUUUUGUGGAAAAAAAGUCCAACCGACGGCAGCCAGCAUGAAUAAUAGGUCCAACCAAACUAUGCACCCAAGCUGCAUGGACAAACCUCCUGUCGCCAUGGACAUCAUCCUCAAGUUAGACAUCUUUGGCAUCAUCCUGUACUCGGUGCUCACCUUUAUGGCAGCAGUGUCCAUGCUGGUCUUCCUAGAGGAGUGUAUCUACAUCUAUAGGAAAGUUCCCGCUAAUAAGAAGAGUAUAAUCAUCUGGGUGAAUGGGGCGGCACCGGUGAUUGGCACCAUGUCGUGUCUGGGGAUGUGGAUCCCUAGAGCCACCAUGUUUACUGAUAUGACCUCUGCCUGCUACUUUGCCGUUGUGGUGUUCAAGUUCCUGAUCCUGAUGCUGGAGGAGGUGGGUGGCGACGAGGCUUUCCUGAAGCGAGCAGGGAGGCACAAACUGAAGAUCAGCACGGGGCCAUGCUGCUGCUGCUGCUGCUGCCUGCCAUAUGUUGCCAUCACACGGCGCUCUCUCUUCCUGCUCAAACUUGGCUCCUUCCAGUUUGCUGUCCUGAAGAUUGUUUUCACUAUCCUUUCUAUUGUUCUCUAUACCAACGGGACUUUUGAUUUGGCGGACUUGUCCAUUACCGGAGCUGCUAUAUGGAUCAACCCAUUUGUGGGCAUCUUGACAAUCAUAGCCCUGUGGCCUGUAGCGAUAAUGUUCAUGCACCUGAGGACUGCCCUGCGGACCCUCAAGAUCAUCCCUAAGUACGCCAUGUACCAGCUGGUGCUGAUCCUGAGCCAGCUGCAAACGGCUAUCAUCAACAUCUUGGCAUUGAAUGGAACCAUUGCUUGCAGUCCGCCCUUCUCUGCCCCGGCCAAAGGAUACAUGAUGAGUCAGCAGCUUUUGAUCCUGGAGAUGUUCAUCAUCACGCUGGUAACACGUCUGCUGUAUCGUAGACAGUACGAUCCUUUACCUGUGGAAGAUGGUGACGACAACGAACACACCAAGAUGGCUGCAAUCCCCGUAUCUGCAUGAGAGCUCUGAAUGUGUGUGUGCGAGUGUGUGUGCGUGCGCGUGCGCGAGUGUGACGUUUGUACUUUGAAUAAGAGAUUAUAUAAGUAAAUAUGAAUAAAUAUAAAUAUGAAUUAUAUGCACAUUUAUCUUGUUGGAUGUUCAUUACGGGUCACAGAUUUGCAAACUCUCGGAAACUGUUUGCACACCAACCGCAUACCUUAUCCAGAGGGAUCCAGUGGAAAUUAUUGACUUACUCCCACUUUGUGUCAAAUUUUUUUUUUUCUUUUACCAAAAACAACAAUUCCAUACAUAUACAGUAUAUUACAGUGUCAUUUGGUAACACUUUACAGGUCUGUAAUUCCUGGAAAAACUAUGUGAUUGAGUAAUAACUUCAGGGGAAACGGAGUAAAGGUUUGGUGAUUCUUUAGUUUGAUGUUCAGUUGUUGAUUUCCACAGAAAAUGCCUUAAAAGGAACUGCUGAAUGUAAACCCAAAUCAACAUUGUUUUAUUAUUAUUUUAUUUUUAGACAUCUUGUUUUCCACGUAUGUUGAAUUGUAUAUCUAAUUUUACACUUUUGGCCUACCUGCUGUACGCUGACUAACAUACUCUAUUAAGUGCCAGCUGAAGUGCCAAAUCACUUUCCUUUUUUCCUUUUUGAAUAACAUGUCAGUUCAUAGGGUUAUAGGGAAUUAUGGGAAAUAAUGGGACCACAAAUAUAAUUGUUUCUAUCCGCUGUAUUUUUGUGAGGUAGUAUCUCAUAAAUGAUGAUAAACUGUACUUUAGUUUUGCAUUUGCAUUCUGUGUCACAACCACUGGGCCUUUUACUGUUACUAUUACCAUGUGUACAAUGUAAGCAUUUGAAACGUCCUUACAUGAAAUGAAAACACUGUAUUGACUCUCUGUGGUG